UCCUUCCCCGUCUACCCUCCCCUGACCAAUAUUCCUAUCCCUUCCAACCCUCUUCCACCUUGACCGAAUCCCCUACCCAUUCCCUGAUCCCCUCCCUUUUUCCCUUUCCUAUCUAUUUCCAACCCUUCCUUUUUCCUUCCCCAAACCCACCGGUGAUCAAGCCAUUCCCCCUCACCUAUAUAAAGACCCCCCUUCCAUUCCAUUAUCACACAACAAAUCCCUUCCCUUAACCCUCCCCAAUUCCCCUUCUAACCACCACAACAACACAUUAGUCCUUUCCUCCUUCCCCAAGCUAACUACACCCAGCCACAUCAACCCCCUGCCUAUAUAAAUACGUCCCCUCUUCUAUACACAUAACCACCCCCGUUCUUUCAUUACCCCACCUCUGUGCGCCCCUUUCCCUUUUUUUUAUUUUUUUAUUUAUUUAUUCAGUUUAAUUCAAAAAAAAAUUUAAUUUAAUUUUACUUCAUUAGUUUAGAUUUCUUCAUCUUUUUCUCUAUGUCUUACUCUUUGUAAUUCUCUAAUUUGUUCGAGAACGAGAAAAAAUUUUAAGUUUAGUGUUAUCGCUUCACUUGUUAUUUUUCUGCCCAUUGUAAUGGCACCAAAAACUAUUAAGUUCUCAAGGAAAAGGAAAGGCAAAGAGCCAGCCACCAGUUCUUAUAAUGCACAGAGGUUCCGCUCCAAGCUUCAUGAGAAACACUUUUAUGAGAAUACUUACAAGAAGGCUGUCACUCCGGAAGUGAGAUUUGCGCUUCAACCGGAUGAAUAUCUGGAAAUUCAAUUUCAGAUUCAGAGGAGAGGAUGGCAAUUUCUGUGCAACCCGCACACUGAAGUUGGACAAUUAAUGGUCCAAGAAUUUUAUGGCAAUAUCUGGGUCGCUUACAAGGAUGUUGACGGAAUCAAUGAAAAGAACUACCAAAGCUAUGUGAGAGGAAAGGUCAUUGAUUUCAGUCCAAGAAGCAUCCGACAGGUCCUCCAUCUGCCACCUCCAGAUCAUAUAUCUGCUUGCUACAGUGAGAGGAUGCAUAGAAAUCAGCAACUGGAACAAGUACUUGAAGAAAUAUGCAUUUCGGGUUCUCAGUGGAGAAUAGGUGCAGAGGGGAAGCCUAACCAACUAAAGAGCACUGAUCUUCUCCCUAUAGCUAGGGGAUGGUUAGACUUCAUUCGAAGGUCUAUCAUGCCAACUAGUAACCGGUCCGAAUGCACUGUGGACCGGGCUGUCAUGAUUCACUGUAUCAUGAAAGGAGAAGUAGUGGAGGUAGAGGACAUUAUUCCAGAACAGAUAUAUAACAUUGCCUCCAAUCCUCUUAAGAAGACUAGGCUUGGUUUUCCACAUCUGAUUUACCGUCUGUGUGAAGCAGCAAAGGUAAAGAUGGAUAAUGACUUUCACAUUCCUGUUGAGAGGCCAAUUACUAAGAAGACCAUGGAGCAUCUUAGGGAACACCACAGGGUCCCUAGAGAAGAUCAAGCUGAGGAGGAAGCUCAACAGGAUCAACCUCCAUUACCUCAGGGGCAUUACUUCCCACCUCAGGAGUAUUGGCAGCAGCUUAUUUCCUCUAUUGAACAGAUGAGAAUCACACAGGAUAGCCGUUGGCAGCAGUUCAAUGCAUCCAUGGAGCAGAUGAGGGUGACACAAGACAACCGCUGGGAGUAUCUCACCUCCACCCUUGAUCAGAUGAGGGCUGUCCAGGACUCUCAACGCCAGGAGAUUUUCCAGCUGAGACAGGACUUUGGCUAUCUGAAAGGACUAUAUGGACCACAGCUAGAGGAGAGAGAUCCCCACCAUGGAGACUAAGGUAGCAUUUGGAUGAAUUUGACGGAAUUUUUAUAGAAGAAGAAAAGAAAGUAAAUGAUGCUGUCAACCAUGACUUUCUAGCACUUCAACGGAAAUAACUUGAGUUACAGAAGUCCAAUUGACGUGAUUCUAGUGAUAUUAAAAAGCUAACUUUCAGAGCUUUCCAACAAUGGAUAAUAGUAUACACUUCUCCAACAUAUUCGGCCAUACUGGCGCCUAACUUAGCAAUUCUCAAGUUAGGCGCCAGAAGAAGAACAAAGCCUCACUUGCUUGCUGCCAAGGUGGCGCCUAACUUCAGAAUUCUGAAGUUAGGCGCCAAGACAAAAGAGACGCGUCCAAGCUUGCUGUCAUAGUGGCGCCUAACUUGGGAUAUUUCCCAAGUUAGGCGCCAGCUCAAUGAUUCACAAUGGUCCCCAUGUCUCAAUUGAAGCUGCACGAAAAAGUUUAUUUAGUUUUGAUUAAGACUUUAAUUUAUUUAUAAAUAGGAAAAGAUAUUUAGUUUUAGAAAAUAUGUUUUACAUUAAUUAGGAUUAGAUAU